AAGCCACGAGACUAGUGUCCAUCACCGCACGUCAACGCCAUCUCCAUUACCUACCUAACCCUGUCAUCGAGCUCGAUCAACAAGUUUUGUCAAGAAACAUAGGCUCGAUCAGCAAGCAUCCGUCGCUCCGAUCCGAUAUGUCGCCGUCUCACUGCCGCCGACUGCUGGCGGUGGCUCUGGUCUGCGUACUGCUCCUGUGGCGGCCGGCCGGAGCGGCUGAGUACCCGGUCGGCGACGGCAUCAACGGCUGGGACACCGGCACCAACUACGCCUCCUGGGCGCAGAGCCGCUCCUUCGCCCCCGGCGACGUCCUAGUGUUCGAGUACGUCAAGAGCCAGCACAACGUCUACCAGGUGACGGAGGCCGCUUACCGGACGUGCGACGCCUCCGCGGCCGGCGCCGUGCUCGCCACCUACGACACCGGCUUCGACAAGGUUCCUCUCCCCGAGGCCAAGAGCUACUGGUUCAUCUGCGAGAUCUCCGGCCACUGCAUGGGCGGCAUGAAGCUCGCCGUCAACGUCUCCGCCGGGCCUUCGGGGGGCGGGGCACCGGCGCCCGACGCUCCGCCAUCUCCAUCGGCCGGGGCCGCCUGCCGCAGCAGCUGGGUGGCCUGGGCCGCCGGGUUGGUGGUGCUCGCCGCGGUGCACGUCUUGGUCAAUUGAGCUAGCUAGUUUGACCUGUUCAAAGUUGGCUCAUGUACGCUAGCUGUUUAUUCUUCUGUCCCUGUCCAAUUUUUGUAUUUAAUUUAUGAUUUUUUGCGAAUCAGUCAUGAUUCACAGAUACAACAUUCAAUUCAAUUGCAGCCACUGUUUGCCACAAACAUUUGCAUGAAAUUUUAAUGUUGAAUAGAA